CAGUGAUAUUGUUAUUCAAUAAAUAAAACAUGUUGAUCUCUCGCGUGUUUCGUUUAAUUCACGAUAAACGCCUAAGCGUGCCCGUUUUAAGAUGUUUCCACCACGAGUUCUCCAAACCCCCAACGGAGCAGCCCAAAGAAAAGGAGGCGCAGGUUAAUAGGAAUCCCUUCCAGACACUUGUCGGCGGCGUGCAAAACAAAUAUAAAGUUUUCCGCGACGAUGAGGCGCCCGAGAUUUUCGAUGUGGAAGAGGCACGCCACCAGGAACAGCAAUUGCCAGAUGAGUCGGACGAGGCUCUGGACCAGUACUAUGGCUUGAAUCUGAAGCGAGGCAUUCGCGGCGUCUUCGAUGUCGAGGACUUGGUGGAGCUGCUGCGCAAAGAGAAUGUGGAUGAUAUAUUCGUGUGCUACGUGCCCGAAGAUCUCAAGUAUGUGGACCAUCUGGUGGUGUGCAGCGGCCGCAGCUAUCGCCACAUGAUAUCCACGGCGGAGUUUGUGCGUCGCAUGUUCAAGAUUAAGCGCACCAAAGGUGACAUUCUGCCCCGCAUCGAGGGCGACAAGAGUCGCGACUGGAUGGCCAUGGAUUUGGGCAACAUUGCAUUGCAUAUAUUUUCGCCAAGGGCCAGGGAGGAGUAUGAUCUGGAGUCGCUGUGGGCCAUUGGCCCCACGUACGAUCGCGAGAGCCAAAAGCCUCACAAUCCCUACGGCGAUUUGUUCAUGGCGCAAGCCCCGCCAGUCGUCGAGCAGCAGGAUGGGAAGGAGGAAACGUUGAAAUAGUUUUGGCAUAAGAGAGAAAAUACACGGCAAAGCAAUCACCAGACCACA